UAUGAGAAACACACCAUGGAAAUCUCCCCUGAUCUUCAGAUGAACAAAGCCAGAAGGAAAAGGGAAAAUCAGAGAAGAGCUGGAGACAGAGGACAGUGGGCCAGUAAAAGAGAAUAUAUUCUGGUUGUUGCAGGAAAUGUGGUCGGCCUGGGCAACGUGUGGAGAUUUCCUUAUCUCUGCUACAAGAAUGGUGGAGGUGCCUUUCUGGUGCCAUAUGGUCUGUUAGCUGUGGUGUGUGGGAUACCUCUGUUCCUACUGGAGACUUCAGUUGGCCAGUUCACCCAGGAAGGAUUCAUCACGUCUUGGAGGAAAUUGUGUCCACUGGCACAAGGAAUUGGAUUUGGAUCACUGAUAAUUUCAUACAGUUGCUUCAUCUACGUUUUAAUUGAAGCCUGGGCUCUCUUCUACCUGGUGUUCUCAUUCAGAUCCCAGCUCCUCUGGGCCACCUGUGAGAACGCCUGGAAUACAGCCAACUGUCUUGGUCUUCAGACUGUCAAUUCAUCUAAUGUGAGUGCAAAUCAGACCAACACCACCUCUGCUGCAGCUGAGUUCUGGGAACGGAGGGUGCUGGGCAUGUCUGGAGGCAUUGAGGAGCUGGGCAGUGUGAGAUGGGAUCUGGCCUUGUGUCUUCUCACCUGCUGGGUUUUCUGCUACUUCAGUAUCUGGAAAGGUGUCAGAUCUUCUGGAAAGGUGGCGUAUUUCACAGCCACGUUCCCCUACGUGAUGCUCCUGGUGCUGCUCAUCAGAGGCUUGACUCUCCCUGGAGCUUGGGAGGGGAUCUACUACUACCUGUAUCCAGACCUGAACCGCCUGGCUAACCUUGAGGUCUGGAUAGAGGCAGGAUCUCAGAUAUUCUUCUCCUAUAGCCUGACUAUAGGGACUCUGAAUGUUCUGGGCAGCUAUAAUCAGUACAACAACAACUGUUACAAGGACUGUUUCUGGCUCUGUCUGCUGAACAGUGGGACCAGUUUUGUUGCUGGAUUUGUCGUCUUCUCUGUACUUGGAUUCAUGGCUCAGAAACAGGGCGUUAGUGUUGACACCGUAGCUGAGUCAGGUCCAGGUUUGGCCUUCAUUGCUUACCCUCAGGCAACAGCUAUGAUGCCUUUGCCACAGUUCUGGACUGUCUGCUUCUUCCUGAUGCUCAUUCUGCUGAGUAUCGACACACACUUUGUGAAUGUGGAGUGUUUCAUCACCUCAGUGAGCGAUCUGUUUCCAAAGCUGUUUCGUGCACCAGUGAGAAACGAGAUCUUUGUCCUCAUCAUCUGUUCGUCCUUCUUCCUCAUACACCUGCCCCUAGUCACUGAGGGAGGAAUUUACAUAUUCCAGCUUGUUGAUUAUUACGGUUGUACCAGAGCCUGUCAGGAUUUCAUGGCUGUGUGUCAGUGCCUGGCUAUAGGAUGGAUUUUUGGUGCUGACCAAUUUUUUAACAAAAUUGAGGACAUGACAGGACAGAGACCAUCAGUUUAUUUCAAACUAUGCUGGAAAUACAUCAUUCCUCUGUUGUCACUGAUUUCCUUUAUCCUGUACCUGGUUGACUACAAACACCUCAGGAUUAAUGACUGGUACAUUUACCCUGACUGGGCGUACGCACUAGGAUGGACCAUGACGCUCUCCUCUGUUCUCAUGGUGCCAUUGUGGGCAGCUGUACAGAUGUGUUUGACAGCAGGAACCUUCAAACAGCGUUUGUCCGUCCUUUGUCGUCCUGCUGAAGAUCCAGCCCGGCAGAUGGAAAGUGAAAAAAUGAAAGAAGAGGGGACGACAGUGGAACUGAAGACGUUUGCAGCGACAGCUCAAUAAGACCUGCAGAGUCCCACUUCAGCUGUCAUAUGAGCUUGUAGUCAUCAAUGUCAUCACAGAGAUUUCAGUGAUAAUGAGCUCAAAUUACUGCUUAAAUGAUGAUUAAAACUAAUAAACAAUUAAAAAAAUAAA